AUGGAGCUGAGUUACCUUCAGGAAGUAAAAGCUAUCAUCAAAUCUCUUGUGUUGUCCUCUCCUGAUGCCAUGAGUGUAGACGCACUUAAUCGUGACUAUCGUAGUACCGAGGGGUCGCCCAUUCCAUAUAAAAAGCUUGGUUUUCAAACAUUAGAGGCAUUCCUUCGUUCUAUUCCUGAUACAGUGAAUGUGUAUGGGAGUGGCCUUUCAGCUACAGUUUGCAUAGUGCUUAACGAAAAAUCUGAUCAUAUUCAUAAAAUGGUAUGUCAGCAAAGGAAAACAAGAACACGGACCAGAGCCAAACCACCGAGACUACGCGUUUCUCAAUGUGAUUUUACCAACUUUAACAAGUCGCGUUCUGCGGGACAGAAACCGGUUUCUAAACGAUACACUGGUGAUAGUCUUCCCACAAGCAAUAUACGCUUCAGCCAUUCUGCGUCUCGCAGCACACCAAGGAAUACUGUAAUUAAAUGUCAGGCGCUCGAUUUACCUGCAGCGUUCAUAGUUCGAAAUUUUCAAAGAACAAGUGGGCACUUAAGUGGAAUGCAAACAGUUGGAUUAAGCUCAAAAACGUCAAACAGUGAAACAAAUCAAACGCCAAUAGCAAAAUCCGUAAAGUCGUAUGCGCUCCCUAAUGAAAAAUCAAGACCCAUGCAAAAUGAGCCAGAAAAACUACCUAAAGACACCACUAAACCACCAGCAGAGGAUCUUGACCUCUCUUUUGAGAAACUCAUGGAAAAUUGUACAAUUCACGGUAAUGGGCCCGAUUCAGGUUCGUUGCAGCAGUUAAGUAAAGAAAAAGAAAGUGAAAGUCAACCCAUGCCAGUUAUCCAGUUCCCACAAAAAGUGAACAGAAAGAUGCUAAAUUAUAGUGUAAUAUCGAAAAAUUACGUGUGUACCACACCAAAGGUGUUUGAGUUGAACAAAUCAAUCGAUGAGAAAAGGCGAAUUGAUGAAAUGGAAGAAGCAGUUCCAGCAUAUGCCGCUAACAAUUUAGUAUUCCGAAUGGAUUUUCCUGAAAAUACCAUGACAUUUGGCAAAGUGAUACCACAAUAUAAGAUACCAGACAAUGUUCGACGUGGUUCUAUCAUUGGAAUAUUUAUUUCAGAGAUUCACAGCCCGUUUAAGUUUUGGUUUCAUAUUUAUAAGGAGCAUCAUGAUUUGGACAUGCUAAUGCUUCAAAUUGAACGAUUUUAUACUUCACUUGAACCUGAGGAGUUUUGUAUUCCACGAGUGUGCAUUUGUCCUGGACAGGUGUGCGCUGCAUUGUACAAAGGUCUGUGGCAUCGAGCAGAGGUCUUAUCUUCAGUCAUUGAUAAUAAAACUAAGGUUUCCUUUGUAGAUUAUGGCACAGUUUCAGAGGUAGCAAUUGAAAAUAUUAAAUUCUUGCUCACUGCUUUUGCAAUUUUGCCAAAGCAAGCUAUUCGUGGGUCUCUAUCGCACAUUAGACCCAAAAAUUUGCACUGGUGCCAAGAAUCUAUACACUAUUUUCUGUCAAUGUCUUGUGAGUUGAUGCUUUACGGACAAAUCUCUGAAAUAAACGACACGAAACGGACCAUAUACAUGGUUUUAUGUGAUACUAAUGGAACCGACGUUGUGCAAAUAAAUAGAGAGCUAGUUGAAAAGGGAUUCGCCCUCUAUGACGAAGAAUGGCAAAAAUUCGAUAAGGGAGAUAAAAGACUACAUCACCUUCGAGAAGAUAUCCCAACGUUUUCUAUGCUCGAAUUGGGCGAAUAUCCUUCGUUUGCAGAAUUAAUCGAUCUUAAAAAUAAAGGUAUUGACUAUGAAUGGAUCAUAGAUCACAAUGUUUACCAUCCAGGCAGAUUGGACCUGCAUGAAAAUGUACCUGAUGCAAUCCGUAAACUUCCUUUUCAAUUGCUAACGACGAAUCCUUUUCGACGUGAUAUUUACUUGCAAUUACAACAUUUGAUAUGAAUUCCUUCACAACAUUAUUGUAAGCCCAAGAUGUUUGUCCUUAUAAUUAAAAAUACACUGCUCAGCAAACCAAAAUGAUAGUUUAUU